GUUAUAUUUACUUAUUAAGGAGUAAUAAUGAUAAAUCAAUAAAUUGAUUAAUUGUUAUUAUAGUUACAGUUAAAAGUGAGAAAAAUGAGGUUGUCUAUGAUUGUUAUUUUUAUUUUUUGUGUUUACGUUAAAGCGAGAAGUGUAAAUAGUAAAAAUGGUGUACCAAAAACGCCAUUUGACGAGAAAAAUAAAGAUCACUGGAGGCUGCAGGCGCAAUGGACAUUAAGAGCAAAGUUGUCUAAACCGCAAAAUAAAAACAUAGCCAAGAACGUUAUCCUUUUCCUUGGUGAUGGUAUGAGUAUCACAACCCUCGCAGCUACUAGAGUGUAUUUGGGGAGGAAGUAUGGCCUCACUGGAGAGGAGGUGAAGCUCAGUUUCGAAUCAUUCCCGCAUACUGGCUUAGCAAAGACAUAUUGCGUUGAUCACAAUGUAGCAGAUUCAGCUUGUAGUGGAACAGCUUACCUAAGUGGAGUCAAAGCCAACAGCCAGACUGUGGGUCUCAGUGCAGCUGUCAAACGAGGGGAUUGUGAAGGACAACGCAAUGCUGCUCAUUCUGUGACGGGGCUUACAGAUUGGGCACAGAAGGCUGGAAAAGCUACAGGUAUAGUAACAACCACGCGCGUCACGCACGCAACGCCUGCAUCUGCGUACGCGCACUCCGCUGACAGGCGGUGGGAGGCAGACGCUGACCUGCCGAAACAAGGCCUGCGCUGUGACGACAUCGCCACGCAGCUUGUGAGAGGUCGAGUGGGAAGUCAUAUCGAUGUUGUCUUCGGUGGCGGUAGAAAGAACUUUUUACCAAAAUCAGAAAAAGAUAUAAAAGGCCAACUGGGAUACAGACGUGAUAACAAAAAUCUUAUUAGAGAAUGGCUCCUCACCAAAGAAUCAUUAGGAUACAAACCCACGUAUAUAAGAAACAGAAAGGAGUUGUACAACCUAGAUGUCGAUAGAUAUAAUAGUGUUCUAGGAUUAUUCUCUCAUGACCACAUGCCGUAUCAUCUGGAGGCUGACGAUGAUGAUCCAACUCUCAGUGAAAUGACACAGAAAGCAAUUGAAAUUCUCUCUAGAAAUAAGAAUGGAUAUUUCCUGUUUGUUGAAGGUGGUCGAAUUGACACUGCCCAUCAUGAGACCAAGGCCCGUAAAGCUUUGGACGAAACAGCAGAAUUCGCGAAGGCAGUUGAGACAGCCCUGAAGCUGGUAAAUACUGAAGACACCCUGGUGAUUGUGACGUCAGACCACAGUCAUACCAUGACAUAUAGCGGUUACAGUGAACGGGGCUCAGAUAUCUUGGGGCUUGUUAAUAAUAAUAAGGUAAAUGCGUCUGACGAUCUCCCCUACACAACUCUGAGUUACGCAAAUGGUCCCGGUUAUAAACCUCAUCAGUCCUUUAGAAGACACAAUCUAAUGUUAGAUGAUAUGAACAGCUUGAACUACACCUAUCCCUCGCUUGUCCCUAUACCCCGGGAGACCCACGGGGGCGAAGAUGUGGCUGUCUUCGCUAUUGGACCCUGGUCUCAUAUAUUCAGCGGGAACUAUGAACAGAACUAUAUUCCACACGCAAUAGCGUACGCUGCCUGUAUCGGUUCUGGUUUGACCAUGUGUGAAUUAUGAUAAGUAUUAAAAAGUGAAGUCCUGUGUCCCCUACUGGGGUAUGGGGCAGAUGAUAUACAUCUGUUUCACUGAUCGAUUUUCUUUAGGGACAAGUAGGUGAUCAGCCUUCUGUGUCCUGCCAGACCGAGACAUUUUUUUUUUGUGCGUCCCAACCGGGAAUCGAACCCAGGCCCCUCGGUUCUACGCUCACGCGUUAACCACUGUACCAAGGAGGUCAAGUGUGUAAAAGGAUAAGUAUUAGAUAGGUGUUAUUUAUUGAAUGUAUGGUCAUAUAGGCUGUUCACAAAUGUAACCUAAGGAUACCAUUACCAAAUAAGGAUUUAGACUGAUACACAAUUGUCCCUUGCAACUGAUAGCAAAACAAGAGACAAGAGUUAUUCGUGUAGAAGUUGUUUAUAAUAAUUGUUUAUAUUUUAUUGUAUAAUUUAUUUUCAAAUCUUAUAUUUAUAGCAUACUAGACGCUCGACCCGGUUCCGCCCGGAUAACAAGAUUCAUGAUUUAUCCCAAAGGAGCAUUUAAUCAUCACUCAAGUCAGCUCAUAUCCUGUCUGCAUACCAAAUUUCAUCAUAAUCCGCUCUGUAGUUGCAGCGUGAUUGACGGACAAACAUACAAACAAACUAUUAUAAUAUUAGUGUGAUAAUAGCGUAAUAGUGUAUAAUAAUAGUGCUGGUUAGUGUCAUGUUAAUAUUAUUAGUAACACAAUUAUAAAACGAUCUACUGGACGUGUAUAAAUAUAUUGUACUAGCUUUCCGUCCGCGCUUUCGCCCGCUUUGUCGAAGGAAAUUCCGAUCACGAGGAUAUAUUUCUACAAGGUGCAUAUAGCCUAUGUCACUCUCUAGCCUCUUAACUUUCUUGAGACACAAAAAUCAUAUCAUAAAAUAUUGCAGACACAGAAUAAAUUAAUGCAAGUUUUUCAUAAUAUAGUAUAAAAAAGUCGC